GAGUUUCAUUCAAUCAGCAGUAGCUAUCUAAUUUUAACAAAAUACCUAUUCCGGUUUGACUGAUCUGUCGUUGUGUAUUCUGACUUGUCGUUUUGUUUUCUGACUUGUUAUUUUGUUUCCCGAAUUGUUGUUGUGUCUUAUGAUUUGCUAUUUUGUUUUCAGUCUAACAUUGUGACUUCAGAUUUGUCAUUUUGAUAUUUGGCUUUUUAUUUUGCUUUUAGAUUUGUUUUUAGUUUUACGAUUUGUUUGUUAGUUUUGCACUUCCCGGCCACCGUAGGGUCGAGAUCUGCUUGGUUAUAAGCAUUAUUCCAAAUAUCUUUCUCUGUGUUUAUCAGAACAACGAAUUUUAGACUCAUUUGGAACAAGUCGAAGGAAUUUCACAAAGAUGGAAGACCAUGUAAUACAGAACGAGACAGCCUUUUACUCAAAGGCAGAGCACUACUGGAAGGAAGUCCCACCCACUGUGGAUGGAAUGCUGGGGGGUUAUGGCAGCAUUUCAAGCACUGACAUUAAUGGUUCCAAAAAGUUUCUCCAGAAAUUCCUUGGGGAAGGUAAAGGUAAGACUGGGACCGGCUUUGCUCUGGACUGUGGAGCUGGAAUCGGCCGUAUCACCAAACGGCUGCUUUUACCACUCUUCCGAACAGUGGACUUAGUGGAUGUGACGCAAGACUUCCUGGAUCAAGCUCAAAUGUAUCUGGGUGAAGAGGGCAAGCGGGUAGAGAACUACUUUUGCUGUGGUCUUCAGGACUUUAAUCCCCAGCCAGAGCGCUAUGAUAUCAUAUGGAUCCAGUGGGUUAUUGGUCACUUGACUGAUGAUCACCUGGUUGAAUUUUUAAGGCGUUGCCAGAGUGGUCUGCGUCCAAAUGGUCUCAUCGUGGUGAAAGAUAACGUUGCAUAUGAAGGCGUAAUACCUGAUGCUGUGGACAGCAGUGUGUGUCGGGACCUGAAUUUACUACGAAGCAUAGUGUCCAGGGCUGGACUUAACAUCAUCUAUGAAGAACAGCAGCAGAACUUCCCUGAGGAGAUCUAUCAGGUUCACACACUGGCUCUCAGAUAACUGCAAGCAAGCCUGUGUUUGUAUCAGAGUGAUUGUUCAGGAGGAUCAAUGUUACCCACACAAAGCUACUUGGUACUGCCAAAGUUUUCACUGUUUUUAAAAAUGCACAAGACUGGAACCUUGGGGUAAUGCUCCCCUUGACCUUUAAGCUUUGUUAUGUUACCGCUAAGGUUCGCAGCUGUCAUGUAUGUGAAUACUUAAGUGGCUCAUGGUUUCAUAUUCAUAAAGUCUGAUUAAUCCUCAGUACGAAGUGUCAAAUGGAGCAGAAUUUCAUCAGGAGAAAAUGUGGAAACAUUCAAGUGCAAACAUAAACCACCUAACCUAGCUUUGUUUAUCCGUGGCUGUACCGAAGACUAUUUCAAGCAUGUGUCUGUGGGACUGGGCGCUGUGGCUAGUAAACCUUUUAAUAAGUUAUUUGAGAUUUUGAGCGUAUACUAGUUCAUGUUACAUUUUAGUAUGUAAGUUUAUAACCAUUGACAUACUCCCUGUUGUAUCUUGCCUUGAAUAAAUUAAUAUUUUGGAGCA